CAAAAAAGAGUGUCUUGGGAGAGGAAAAAAUAAAAUCCCUUCUCUAGGGCUUUGCCUUUGACUGUCAUCAAUACCAACCUCUCCUCACAAAGAAAGAGAAGAAAGAAAAGCUCUCUCUCUCUCAAAAUACUACAAAAAGAGAAAGAGAAAAGAAGGCAACGACGACUAUCUCAUUGAUAGCUCAUCGAUCAUGUUGCCGGAAUGUCCACUGAUUUUCAGAAUAUCCGACGAUAAAUCGAAGAAAUCUAGCUUCGAUCGGUGAAGGUGAUUGGAUAAGGAAAUACAUCUAGUGAUCUCUUUUGAUUUCUAUCUGCUGCAAUGGCUUCGGUGAGUGUGGUGCCGGCUUCUGGUUUGAGAGACAACAGUGGAAAUACAAUUGGCGUGGAUAGACUACCUGAGGAAAUGAAUGACAUGAAGAUAAGGGAUGACAAGGAAAUGGAAGCAACUGUAGUAGAUGGAAAUGGAACGGAGACUGGUCAUAUAAUUGUAACAACUAUCGGUGGCAGAAAUGGGCAACCAAAGCAGACUAUAAGCUACAUGGCUGAGCGUGUUGUCGGGCAUGGAUCAUUUGGAAUUGUGUUCCAGGCCAAGUGCUUGGAGACGGGUGAAACAGUUGCGAUAAAGAAGGUUCUUCAGGAUAAGCGGUACAAGAACCGUGAGCUGCAAACCAUGCGCCUUCUAGACCACCCAAAUGUCGUCUCUCUGAAACAUUGUUUCUUUUCAACAACUGAAAAGGAUGAGCUUUAUCUUAACUUGGUGCUUGAAUAUGUACCUGAGACUGUUCACCGUGUAAUCAAACACUACAACAAGAUGAACCAACGAAUGCCGCUGAUAUAUGUCAAACUUUAUACGUACCAGAUAUGUAGGGCAUUGGCUUACAUUCAUGGUAUUGGACUCUGUCAUCGAGAUAUCAAGCCGCAAAAUCUUCUGGUAAACCCGCAUACACACCAGCUGAAACUAUGUGACUUUGGGAGCGCAAAAGUCUUGGUAAAAGGCGAGCCAAACAUAUCUUAUAUCUGCUCUAGGUAUUAUAGAGCUCCAGAGCUCAUAUUUGGAGCCACCGAAUACAAUUCAGCCAUUGAUAUCUGGUCUGCGGGGUGCGUUCUGGCUGAACUCUUGCUUGGACAGCCUCUCUUUCCUGGUGAGAGCGGAGUUGAUCAACUUGUUGAAAUUAUAAAGGUUUUGGGUACCCCAACAAGAGAGGAAAUCAAAUGUAUGAAUCCUAACUAUACAGAAUUCAAGUUCCCACAAAUUAAAGCUCACCCAUGGCACAAGAUAUUCCACAAGCGCAUGCCACCUGAAGCAGUGGAUCUUGUCUCGAGACUUCUGCAGUACUCUCCAAACCUACGUUGUACUGCUCUGGAGGCUUUAAUCCAUCCAUUUUUUGAUGAGCUUCGGGACCCAAAUACCCGUCUACCAAAUGGACGCUUUCUUCCUCCUCUCUUCAACUUCAAGCCUCAUGAACUGAAGGGGGUGCCAAUGGAGAUUUUGGUAAAGCUGAUCCCAGAGCAUGCGAGAAAGCAGUGUGCCUUCCUUGGAUUAUGACGUGUUUCAUGUACUCGGUACGAACUGGUCUUUGCCACAAAAACUUCUUCGGUGUAAAAGUUAGUGCUGAAGUUUCCGAUCCCCACUGCAGCAAACCUUGUUCUUUUCUUCUUUUGUUCGUUAUCUUUUUCCUUGCCUUUGUUUUGUAAAGCAGGUUGAAAAGGGUCUGCUAAUCUCAUGAAACCUAGAAGGGUGUCUGCUAACCCUUGUUUCCAAACCACAGAUUGUAUCAUUAUAUAGAACAGAAAGAUUGCCUUU